GCGAUAGACUGCUCCUUCAGUCAAAGUCAGUUUUUUCCUUAUUUCCUUAGUUCCGAUAAAUUUUUCUUUAUGUUAAAUUGCGUCAUUUGUUAAAGAACUUUCAUCAGAAGCAGAAGACAUUAAAGUCGUGAUUUAAAAUUUAAUUUUUGUGCAUUAAAAAUAGUAAAACAUAAAAAAAAAAUAUUUUUGAAAGAAAGAGAAGCAGUGGCAAUGUGGAAAAAUCGAUGUAGUACAUAUAUUACAUUAUUUUUAUUGAUUCAACAAAAUGAUUAAAUAUUGAUUCAGAACGUCGCAUUUUAUGGUAUUUUGUGAAUGUCAAGAAAUGCCAAAAGUGGCAAUAAAGCAAGUCAAAGAGUCUCAAAUUCUUAUUGACGUGAAAUUUACUCGUGAGAGUGAACAGCACAAAGUUGAAAUAAUAAAAACAUUUAAAUUGUUAAUUUUUUCGAGCAGUUAUAUGCUGUUGUGCCAUUUACUAUGAAUCAAAGCGAUGACGAUUUACAUAAAAAAAUUAAAUUGUUAAGUCAGGAGCUUGAGGAAAAAGAUAAGGAUUUACUUUUAUCAGCACAAAUUGGAAAGGAGUUGUUGGAGAAGAAUUCAAAAUUAGAGGACAAAAUUUAUGAGUUGGAGACAGACUUGAAGUCUGCAAAUGAGAAUAUUGAACAACUUUCAUAUCAACUUAGUCAGAAAAAUGAUCUCAUCAACAUAUUAACUAUCGAUGAUUGUGGUAGUGAAAAUGCGAGUCCAACAACAUCUAAAUCAAUAAAUAUAGAGUUGAUGUAUCGUAAAAUUGCUACACUGGAGGAAGAAAAUAAAUCACUGCGAAGUGACAUACAUGAAGUUGUGGCACAAACCGAUGAGAUUGAGGAGCAAGAGAGAAAAAUUAUGGAAGAUUUGAGUAAACAAUUAUUAGAUUCGAAUCAGCAACUUGACAGCCUUAAUCUCGAGCUUGAGAGAUAUAGAGAAGAGAAUCGACUGCAGUAUGAAGAAAUUGUAAGUCUUACAAAGAGAUGUCAAAAUGCUGAGCUACAACUUCAUUCGCUAAUGACUGAAAAUGAUGAGACAACUUCAAUGUUAUGUAUUACCAAAGAAAAUCAAGAUUUACUUGCCCAAGAGUUGGCAGAAUUUAAAGUCAGAUAUACAGAAACGUGUGCUCUACUUCAAGAGACACAGGAAAUGUUGAAAAAGUAUGUCAAGAAAUUCCAGCCAACGGCAAAAAGUUCACUAAUUCCAGGAGGAUAUACAAAUCAUUUUAGUAAUAAUACUUCAUAUUUGAAUGACUCCCUGCACACGGAACUUCUUGAUAGUUUAGACUCCGGAAUCCUUUCGGAUCCAGGAAAUGUUCCUGGACGUACCUAUCAAAAUGUCAACGAUACAAUGAAAUUUGUUCAAAAUUCUACCAAAGAUUCAAACACAUUUACAAAUGGAAUGCCACAAAUAGAAUAUGGUUCAUCCAUUAUGAGCACGUCCAUGACACAGUCAAGAUUGUCCACGUUUGCUCAGCCAAGUGCCAUUGACAGAUCAAAUCAAUUUUAUAGCACAAUUUAUGGUUCACCAGUGAAUGUGAAGAUGAAGGAACCGGAAGAUGAAGGCAUUGGAACAAAGAAACUUGGCGAUAUGGGAACGCCAGGUGCUAAAGAUCUAGAAGAAGCACUUAAACGCCUUACACCAGCCGAGAUACUAUCAAGGCGAGCGAUGUUAUCUUAUUCACCUGCCGGAACAUAUUCUUAUGAUGAACCGCCAUUAUGUCGUACACCAGAAUCAAUUAUGUCCACAUUAUCGAGUGUAUCAACGACACGAUGGCAGUUGCCAAAGAAACUUGAAAUUGUUAAGCCCUUGGAAGGGUCAAUGACACUUAAUCAAUGGAAAGGCCUUGCAACACCAACUUUUGGUGGUUUAUUACAGGAUAAUGUACAUGUUAAAGUAAGGGGUGAGAGGAAGUUAGAGGAUCUUGGUGUUCAAAUGUAUUCCUUAUCAGAUCUUGAAGAGGAUGUCGAAGAUCAUCCAGGAAAGCAAUUUGAUCAAUCAUCAUGCAUUUACACGUUUACAAAUAGCACUGUUUUACAUCCUGAGGAUGGAACUAGCAUCACAUUCAGUUUGCCACCUUCGCUGAUUUCAUCGAGGAUGCAAUCGACUGUGGCGUCAAGACAAGCAACGGCGCCGCCAACACCUAGAAAUUUAUCGCGAAGGAACUCAUGCAGUACAUUCUCCAUGAAUAUGGGUCUUGCAUCAGUGCUAAAUGAACGAGGCAUAAAGGCAGUAACACCGAGCUGUCUGAAUACUCCAACGGGUCAAAAUUUCUCGCCAACAGUUACACCUUGCAACUCUCCAGAGAGUACAUCACCAACACGUCCAUUAUCGCCAGAACCUGGUACAUCCUCAUCAUCACAAAUUAAGAAUAAAAGUGCACUAUUGCAUCUGGAGAAGAAGGCACUAAGAUCACUUAAAUUACUGGAAAAAGUAGAACAUUUUGGAUUUGAGAAUGUUAUGGCAACAACUCCAUCAUGUAGAAUUAGUCCCCUUGCACUUUAUAGUUCGAAUAUUUAUACACAUAGAUCUAGUCCUAUGGCUCAGUUGACUAGUUUAAAAUAUUUAUCUGAUAAGCGUAAUUCCGAUGAGAAUUUAAAGUCACAUCUGCAAGGAACGUCGCAAAAUGAAGUAAAAAGUCCAACAGAAAAUAAUCCAAAGAAGCAUCAUUCCGAAAGAAAAUUUAAUCGAGUUCAGAGAACACGAUCACGUCGAAAUAUUUUGAAUAAUGGUACGGGACAGAUACGACAAGAUUUAGGAACUGUUCACGUUCGAACUGAUUUGGGUAAAAUUGAACGGCAUAGAACUGAAGAUAAGCCGGAGGAAGAGAAGUCAAUUGUGGGUGAAUUUGUUGGCACAAUAUCGUCCCUUUUAUUUGGUCGUAAAGGGGGUUUGCUUUGAACUGAAUGUGAAUUAAAUUUUUAAUCUAUUCCAAAAAAAAUAAUCCUGAAAGUCAGUGUCACUCGGAUUUGAGUGACAUUUUUGGAGACUGAUGGAUAUUUAUCAUAAUGAUAAUAAAUGCAAACAUAAAUCCAUGCAUGCAAGCAUAAUUUUUGAUAAAUUUAGAAAUUGGCUGAUGAAAAAUUUGUUGCUAGUGCUUGUUUUCUGUUUUUUGCUUGAUUUGGGAAUCAUCUUGCUGCGGAUGAAACCAGAAUUCUUUUCAAAAAUGAGGGAACCCACAAAUUUUCCCCCUCAAGCAAGUUGUUGAUUUUUUAAAUCAGACACGUUGUAGAUAUUAUUAUUAGAUCUUUAAUUUUACUUUUUAAAUCUCGUCUUGAUAAAAAAGAAUUCCAUUUUUUGUGAGAAUAACAAAGUGAAAAUCAAUAAAUACUAAUAUUCGUUAUUA